AUGGUCCUCCUGUCUGCAAUCGAUCAAGGCACCUCGUCGAGCCGCUUCCUGGUUUUCGAGGCGGACACUGGAGAGUUGGUGACCAGUCAUCAGAUCGAAGUCCGUCAACUGUUCCCAGCGGCCGGAUGGGUCGAGAUGGAUCCAAUGGAGAUCUACGAUACAGUAGUCACGUGCAUCAAUAAGACAAUCGAGAAACUUGAAAACCUUGGUAUCACGGCGGACGAGAUUAAGUCAGUGGGGGUGGCUAAUCAGCGAGAAACCAGUAUUGUGUGGGACCGGACAACCGGAAAGCCGCUCUACAACGCAAUCGUGUGGCUAGACACGCGUACUUCUUCACUUGCAGAUGAGGCAAUUUCUAGAACGAAUUCCAAGUCGAAGGACGAGUUUCGUGAGAAGACGGGCCUCCCGAUUCACCCAUACUUUAGCGCCCUAAAACUCAAAUGGCUAUUCGAGAACGUGCCGGAAGUACGGAAAUCCUACGAAGCCGGAAAUCUAAUGUUCGGCACUGUCGACACGUGGCUUAUCUGGAAACUUACCGGCGCCUAUGUCACAGAUGUGUCGAAUGCGUCGAGAACUUUACUGCUCGAUUUGCACAAAAGAAAAUGGUCCACACAACUCUGUGAAUUCUUCAAUCUACCCAUGGAGAUCCUUCCCGAGAUAAAAUCCAGCGCAGAGGUCUAUGGGCACUUUAAUAGUGGCCCGUUGGAGGGUGUCCCCUUAUCCGGAUGCCUCGGGGACCAGCAAGCCGCGAUGGUAGGACACCAAUGCCUAAACGCAGGGCAGACUAAGAACACCUAUGGCACGGGGACGUUUAUGUUGUGUAAUAUUGGCACCCGGCCAAUUAUAUCAAAAAACGGAUUGCUGACUACAGUGGGAUUCCAGUUUGGCGCGGACUCACCCGUAGUCUACGCGCUUGAAGGAUCCGGAUCCAUUGGAGGGAAUGUUGUGAGAUUUCUACGGGAUAACUUUAAAUUUAUAUCGGAUGCCAAGGAAAUGGAGGAGCUAUGCAGGAGUGUCAAGGACACUUCGGGUGUCUACUUUGUUCCCUCAUUCACCGGGCUGUACACCCCUUACUGGGACUCAACGGCGAGAGGAACCAUUCUCGGCCUCACUCAGGUCUCCCAACGAGAGCAUAUCUGCUUAGCGGCUCUCCGAGCAGUGGCGUUCCAGAGUGCGGAAAUGAUAGCGGCCGUUGAGCAAGACCUCGAGAACGAUACGAAGGUGACAACGUUGAAAGUGGAUGGAGGAAUGAUCACGAACAAGUUGUUUAAUGAGAUUCAAGCGGAUAUUAUGGGGCGAGAUAUUGCGACGCCAAAGAUUUCGGAGAUCUCGGGAUGGGGAGCCGCGGUGGCUGGAGGGAUCGGUGCACAGCAGAUCAGUUUGGAUGAGUUCUUGUCGCAGAGUAGUGAGGCCAGCCGCUACACCCCACAAAAAGACGAGAAAUGGAGAGGCGCCGAACUGGCUCGCUGGAAGGAAGCCGUCAAACGAUCGUGUGGAUGGGCACAAUAA